CCGAUCGAGCCCAUCAUUUCCACUACCACUGAAUCCGCCGCGUCGUCCGCAGAAACCGCCACGGACAACGUCAAUUUGUCGUCGGCGAUAAUCGAGUCGGACAGGCAGGCUAGCCCAUCAGCUGCUUCGCCGAUGUCUAGCGGAGCGGCAGUACAAGCAGAUAUGUCUUCAGCACCCGUGUCCACGUCGGUAACGGACAGAACAACGCAAGCAGCUACAACGACGGCGCCUGUUGCAGCUCCUCCAAAUACUGACGAUAGCACAUCUUCUACGAGUACAACUUCUUCGUCGAGUUCCUCUGAAGUCGCUAUCACGACCUCGUCGAGUUCUACUGCUCAAGCACCACCACCGAGCACUAACACCGUAACAUCGACGCAGCCUGGCGCGACGCAACCUGGCGCAACGGUGACUACCACAGAGCCGGGAACUACUAAUGGCGUACCCACGACCUCCGUGACUGCGUCGGCUACAAACGCAGAGACGCCGUUCGCAAGUGCACAGGCGGUUACUACUAUAGUCACUGAACAAUCAGGCACGUCGGUAACUGGGUCGAGUAAUAACGACAAUGGAGAUAGUAGCGAUACACUCAGAACUACCGGUAUUGCCGCUCUAAGCGUAAACUCAGCCGCCUCGACUACUUCACUGACGGCGCAUUCCACGCUUCCUCAAGCAGUCGGCCUCACGGUUACCGGUUCAGAUGGUCAGACGUCGGUUACAUUUCCUAGCUUCAUUACCGUCCUGAGCACCGCAACGGAAUCGGAUGGAACCGUGGUCACCGAAUCUGCAGUUGUUUCUAAUCCAACCGGCUUGGGACAGCCGGACAAGAGCAGUGACUCCUCGUUUUUCAGUAACACAAGCGCUGUCGCGGGAACUUUCGCUGCCGUUGGAAUCGUCGUAUUCGCUGUCCUUGCGCUACUUUUCGUAUGCUAUCGUCGUCGGCGUAGACAGAGAUCACGAACCAGAUGGCUGGAAGCUAUUACACAACCCCCAUCAUAUCCUUUGCAUGAUGACGCUGAUAGGGACCCAUUCGAAGAAGAUGAUCCAUUCGAAGAUCCCAGGAGUCCACCCCAAAUGGCCCAGGUGACGAAUACUCCGCAGACCACCUAUAUCACCAGGGAUCAGCGACAUGAGGACUCGGAGCAUGUCGAUACGGAAGAUAGUACAUCUAAUCUUCUAGGUGCCCGAAAUUUUGCCGCCGCAGGCCUGGGCACGGGACAUACAACCCGUACCCAGGAGGAAGGACCAUUCAGCGAUGUCAACGCUUUCUCCCCGCAAGAAGCAAUAGGACUUGCUAUCACAACCAAUUACCCAGUUCCCCCGUCUCUACGUUCCAGACAAUCCACUCCUUCUCUUUACUCUGACUCACCGCAGGCAAACGGCGAUGCGGAUUCCUUCUAUGAUGUUGACUUGCGACCACCGGCGGUGCGCCCGAAAAUUGAAACACGACCAGCACCACCUUCGAUUCCUCGUCCUCCCCGCUCAAUUUUGAGGGGGACUCCUCCAUCGAGUCAGUUCAUAGGCUCAGAAUACAGGCCUUUGACUCCUCCGGACUCUGUUGAAUCACAGAGACUUUCCUUCUCGUCCUCUUCUGCGGGUCCGUCUACCCCAACUGGACUGGGAUUCGCGACCGGUAGUAGUCUCGACCAUGAUCCAGUGAAGGUGGCAAAUCCGCUUGCACCUACUUUGAGCCCAACUGCUAUUCUCACGCGGCGAACUUUGCUAGACAUACGCCCACGGCCUAGUCGCGAUAACGUAUUGACAGAUGCUUCAGGAAGAGUAUAGACUCUGCAGAGCUUCUGCGGUACCGACUUAAGAUUAUUUGAGAUUGUACAUUAGGUAGCUCUUUUUUCCCUUAUCGCAUAUUUCACUGCAUUGUAUAUGUAUGGCGGACAUUCGGUGCUUUUGCACGACGCAUUGUAUCACA